AUGGAUCAAGGUGUGCGGCCUUGUGUGGUGAUGUUUAGUGUGGUCAUGGAUGAGCUUUGCAAGAAAGGGAAAUUGGACGAAGCAAAUAGGUGGUUGGAACUGAUGAUCCAAACAGGUGCGGAUCCUGACAUUUAUACUUACAACAUUUUAAUCAAGGGUAUUGCUUUGCAGAGAUCUAUCUCAAAACAAAGGUUUGUCAGGAACUCUUCCGCUGUCAAUUGGGAAUUUGACAAAGCUUGUGAACCUGUACUGUUCUUGUGGUCUCUUAUUAUUGGAAGGUUUGCCUUGCAAGGAUUUCUAACAUUUAGAUCAUUGCUGGUCCUGUUUGUGAAACUCUUCAAUGACAUUCUCUGCAGAAAUCUUAAUUCGAAUAGCUUCAGUGGACCUAUACCAGCUUCCAUUGGCAAUCUUACCAAACUUGUUUUGCUGGAUUUGACUGAUAACCAGCUCAAUAAAACAAUUCCAGUCUUUAAUGAAACUUACCUGGAUUGGAUGGACUAG